GCUUCCAGCCACAUCACACUUCCGCGAGCGAGGGGGCGGAACCGGAAGGGACGGUGCUUAGCUUUCUCCUGGUUGGUCGGGGAAGUGCCGCUCCGUGACUGACAGACGUCAUCGGAGCCGCUGCGCGUCCUGAUUGGAGGCGGCUGUCAGAGGGCGUGGGGCUGGGAGGUGCAAGACUGUAUUUGCGCGCGGCAGCCGGCGGUUUUGAUUGGCUGCAAUAAGGCCCCGCCUCUUCGGGGCUCGGGAAGGCGGAAGCGGGCUGGGGCAGUGAGGUUUUAACAAUCAGCCUUUUAAUUAACCUUUCAUCAUCAGAGGAACUAAAGAGCUCCCAAAUUCCGAAGUUCUCUCAAAGGUGACUAAAGAAUGGAGAAAAAAGUGAGCAGAAUUUAUCCAGUUUCUGAGCCAAGCACAAUAUAUUUUCUACAAGUCACUUGGGAAAAAGACCUAGGCAGUGGCUUUAUUAUAACACUUAGCGAUGGUCAGUCAGCAUGGACUGGGACAGUGUCUGAAGCUGAGAUUUCUAAGGAGGCCGAUGACAUGGAAAUGGAAAGGGAGAAGUAUGUUGAAGAACUGAGGAAAGCACUAGUAUUGGGAGCAGGCCCAGCCAAUAUGUACAACUUUGAUGUUUCUAAAGAUGAAGAAAAUGUGGAAAGCUGUGAUUUCUCAUAUGAAAAAAAUCUCAAAGAUGUUUCCUUUAGACUUGGAUCACUGAAGCUACAAAAAGUCUCAAGUCCAACUGAAGUCAUUAAAGAGCUGAUUUGCCACUGCCUAGACUGCAUAGCAGACCUACAUGCCAAAAAGGAGCACCUGCAAAAGGAAAAUGAAAGGCUUCUAAGUGAUUGGAAUGACGUGCAAGGACUGCUGGAAAAAUGUGUGGAAGCUAAAGAAGAACUGGAGGCAGAUCUUUACAAAAGAUUUAUUCUUGUGCUCAAUGAAAAGAAAGCAAAGAUAAGAAAUUUACAAAAGUUGUUAAAAGAAGCUCAGGAACCUGAAGAGGAUACAACACAUGCAAGGGAUAGCAUGGCUACAGUCCAAACUGCUGUUGAAAGAGAGAGAGAUUAUGAUGGCAGCACUGAUGAUGAAAGUGAAAAUUUCUCACAGCCCUCUACAUUAGCAUCAGCUCCAUCAAGGAAGGAUUCCUUUCUCAACAGCCCCGAUGUCACUGAUAUUGCACCAAGUAGAAAACGGAGACAAAGGAUACAAAAACCUGUUGGAGUGGAACCUAAGGUGGCUACAUAUGAGACCCAGCUACCGGCAAAGGAAAAACUUGAUCCUGCUCUAUCAAAGGCAUCAGACAAGCACCCAUCAGAUGUGUCAUCACUGGAAACUCAGAAAAACACUGCUGAGCCAGAGGACCUCUUUGAUGACAUCUAACUAGGCUUUUUUUCUGUUUUUGCUGAGAAACUAUCAGAACAAAAUUCCUGUUCAACACAAGCUAUUAAACCAUUAAGUUUAAUUACACAUUGAGUUGAAGCCAUUAUUCAGAGAGGGUUAUUUGUAAAUGAGGAUGGCACAUUAUUCUAGCCUAUCUGUAUGAUCACAUCAGUUAUCAAAAUCUUUCACUCCGGACAUUCCAGCUCUUUGACCUGAUCCUUAGAUUGGCCUUAAAAUCACAGGCCCUAUGCUACCAUCUCCAGUGUAAGGAGUGUGUCUGGCCAGGAGAUCUCUACACCCCCGGCAAUCCUUGGCUGCACUACAUAACAUUGGGGACCUGCUGGUGGCUUAAAGCCACCUUAUACUUGGCCUCCCCACCUCACCAUCACCCCCUUUCCCGAGCUGCACAAAGCACAGCCCAGGGACUGGACUGUUCUCUGCAUUACAGAGGUGUUCAUUCUAAAAUAAUUAGUUUAGAAGUUGUACUUUGUGAUGGAAAACACCUGUAUACGUUUAAUUUAUGGCUGUUCCUUAAAGCUUUCAAAGGCCACCUUUCUAGCAUGAACAUACCUUCAGUAUGCACUCUGAGAUGUAUUUUUGGCUUCGGGAGUGAAAUGGCUGUAAGUUGAUAUUGUCUAUUUUUUCUAACAUAUUGAAUAUUGUCAAAAUAAUUAUUCUUCUGUACUGAGACACUGACAUAGCCUUUUAAAAUAGCCAUUUAUGUAAUGCUUUACUGAUUUUUCUCAAGGUGAUUUUUAAAACAAUAAAUGC